GUUUAUCUGCAGACUGGUUUGAGCUUCAACCAUCAUUCAUUGAAUCUAUGACAAGCAAAUCUUUGAAUUUGAAUGUGGUUGAGAGAAAGAGUUCAAAAUCUGGAUUAAAACCUAUUGUCCAAUCUUCAAGGAAAGGAGAUAUGUUGUGUAAAAACAAGGUUGUUUGAGUGAUUUUAGCAUCCAUAUUAAUUUUGUCUAGAAUGAAAAUGUUUUUUUUUUCUUUUUUUUUAUAGAUGAAAACUAAUCCAGCUUCAAUUGGAAAAAGCAUCAAUCUGGAGAGUGAAGGGAAGAUGAAAAAAGAGUUAUCAAUCAGAAGAGCAUCAUGCAACAAGAAUUUGUCAAGAAUAUCAAACCUCAGCAUGGAUAAUAAAUCCAUGAAAACCAGUCUAGGGCAAGGUUUGGUGAUACAAGAAAAAACUACCAACAAGUCAUCAUUAUCAUCAAAUCUUCAACCUUUUACCUCUCUCUUAUCAACCAAAUUCUCUCCUAUCUUUUCACCAAUAACUGCAACACCUUCUACCCUUUCCAGAAGAAAAUCUGAAUUAAAAAAACCUCAGAAUUCUGCUCCAGUUAGGAAAAAAUGGAAUUGGAACAAUAGUGCUUCAACUCAUUCAAGCGCAUCCCGACAAUCUCAAGCACUCUCAUCACCUGUCCAUAAGCAGCGAAGAUCCGUUGACUCGAAGGAUGUGAAAGAAGCAUCAAAUAUGAGGCCUUCUGGACUCCGGCCGCCUUCACCCUGCCACAGAUUCUUCGAUGAGAGCACUCCACAGCAAGCAGAAAGAAGCAGAAAACUGCCUCAGAGAAAUCACAGAAACCCUAGCUCCGAAUCGGCCAAAAGUGGUGCUUCCACCAUCGAUAAUCUCUGCAGAAGUUUCGAGGGUUUUGCUCUCAAUGGGGGGAGUUGGAGAACGGCGUCGACGAAGCCCUGCCGGAGAACUCCUCUGGCAGACAGAUCAUCGAAAUGCAAUUUCAGUGGAGCAUUUGCAUCGCCGUUGAUGGAACCCAAGAAAGACAAGUUGGUGAGGAGGGCUUCAUCUGUUAGACAUGUCUAGUCAUAUUACAAAUUAAGA